CACCCCUUGGCGGGGGCCCCGGGCCAAGCGAGCUGGGGGCCCUGGGAGUCAGGAACGUGACCAGUGAUGGGUUUGGGCUGCAGUGGAGGGCGCGGAAGGGCCUGUUCCAGUCCUUCCUGCUGCGCUACGAAGAUGCGGCCGGGCGCAUGGGGCCCCGGGAGGCUGAGGUGCCGGCGGACCAGCGGGCGACCCAAGUUGGGGGGCUGCGGCCUGGCACCGAGUACCAUGUCACGCUAACUGAUGGGACCAUCUCUCCUGCCCUCUCCCUGCCAGCGCCAGCAGAACCCGGCGCCCAGCCCAGCCUGGGGGAGCUCUCGGCCUCGGAGGUCACCCACAACUCCACCCUGCUCUCCUGGACCGUCCAGGCCGGGGACUUCGACUCCUUCCUCCUCCAGUACAAGGACGCGGAGGGCAAACUCCAGGCGCUGCCCGUGGAUGGAGGAUCCCGCACAGUCACAGUAACCAAUCUGGUCCCCUCCCAAAGAUACAAAUUCAACCUCUACGGCGUCUCCGGCCGCAAGCGCCUCGGCCCCGUCUCCACCGACACCGUCACAGCCAAGGAGCCGCGGGUGCAGGAACUCACCUUCCAGCCCAGCCUGGGGGAGCUCUCGGCCUCUGAUGUCACCCACAACUCCAUCCUGCUCUCCUGGACCGUCCAGACCGGGGACUUCAACUCCUUCCUCCUCCAGUACAAGGACGCGGAGGGGAAACUCCAGGCACUGCCCAUGGAUGGGGGAUCCCGCACAGUCACUGUAACCAACCUGGCCCCCUCCCACAGAUACAAGUUCAACCUCUACGGCAUCUCCGGCCGCAAGCGCCUCGGCCCUGUCUCCACUGACAUCGUCACAGGUCAGCGGCUGCUCUGGGGACGCAGCUCCUUCCCCUCCCACCCCCUUUGCUUUCCAGUGUGAC